AAGUCCGGAUCCGGAGAGGAGCUGAGCGGCGGUGCCGGUGCCGGUGCCCGCCGUGGCGGUUGCUCCUCCGUCAGCAUCCCUGCCACCAGCCAGCCACAUGGAGACCGCAGCUUUUUAGAAAAGAAUGACUUUCUCUGAGCGGAUUAAUGCCAGCUUGAAUGGGAGCCACUCGGGAGAGGCGUCCAGCGGGUUUAACGGGUCCUGGGAGGGAGAGGAUGCUAGUUCCAACAGCAGCUCCUCCUUGGUCCUGCAGCUGACCGUGCAGUCCGUGGGUGUGGGGGUCUUCCUGGCCAUCUUCAUCCUCUCGGCCAUCGUGGGCAACAUCCUGGUCAUCCUUUCCGUGGCCUGCAACCGGCACCUGCAGACGGUGACCAACUACUUCAUCAUCAACCUGGCCAUCGCUGACCUGCUCCUCAGCACCACCGUCCUGCCCUUCUCAGCCACCCUGGAGGUCCUGGACCUCUGGAUCUUUGGCCGCAUCUUCUGCGACAUCUGGGCAGCGGUGGACGUCCUCUGCUGCACCGCCUCCAUCAUGAGCCUGUGCAUCAUCUCGGUGGAUCGGUACAUUGGGGUCAAAUACUCGCUCAAGUACCCCACCAUCAUGACUGAGAAGAAGGCUGUGAUCAUCCUGGUGGUGGUCUGGCUCUCCUCCAUGGUCAUCUCCAUCGGGCCCCUCCUGGGCUGGAAGGAGCCUCCGCCGGACAACGACCAGCACUGCGACAUCACCCAGGAGCCAGGAUAUGCCCUCUUCUCCUCCCUCUUCUCCUUCUACUUGCCGCUCUUGGUCAUCCUGGUGAUGUACUUCAACAUCUACGUGGUGGCCAGGAGGACCACCAAGAGCUUGGAGGCCGGGGUCAAGAAGGAGCGGGGCAAGUCCAUGGAGGUUGUGCUCCGCAUCCAUUGCCGAAGCGUCCUCGAAGACUCCAUGGCCAGCACCAGAGGCAAAGGGCACACUUUCCGGAGCAGCCUCUCCGUGCGCCUCUUGAAGUUCUCCAGGGAGAAGAAAGCCGCCAAGACGCUCGCCAUCGUUGUUGGAGUUUUCAUUCUCUGCUGGCUGCCCUUCUUUUUCGUACUGUCUUUCGGAUCCUUCUUUCCUUCCGUGAAGCCCGAGGGAAUGUCCUUCAAGAUCAUCUUCUGGCUGGGGUACUUCAACAGUUGCGUGAACCCCAUCAUUUACCCUUGCUCCAGCAAGGAGUUCAAGAGAGCCUUCAUCCGGCUCCUGAAAUGCCAGUGCCGCCGGCGGAGAAGGCCCAUCUGGAGAGUGUACGAUAACCACUGGCGGGGAGCCUCCAUGAAUGGCUCCGGCCAAGACUCCGACCGGGAGCCCCGGUCCCGGGUGUCCACCCUCAAUGGCUCCUUCAUAUUGAACUCGGGCAGCUUGGAAAGGCCCGGCAGGAGCAGAACGCUGAACUUCAAGCGGUGGAGAAUGUUCUCCCCUUUCCAAAAACCGACAACGCAGUUCAAGGAGAAAAUGAACAGCCUCUCCAACAAGAUCCGGGCGGGCUCCUUGAAAGGAGGGGCGGCCGCCUCGUACAAGACAGAAGUGGAAUCGGUCUCCAUAGGAAUCCCGAAUGAAUUCAUGGAGUGUAUUGACUAUCACACGUAUGACGAUUUAACGGAUUCUGAGUCCUGUGGGCUUAAAGAAACAGAUAUUUAAUGCUAACAGGGAGAGCCACCCCCACGACCCUUGGGGGGAGGGGCUUCCGUUUUGUUCUGUUGUGUUUUGUUCCUGUUUUAUACACAGCUGGCUGUCCAGGGUGUGUGCAGCCCGUGUGUGAGAUGGGUAGACUGAGGAAAGAAGCCAUCUUCACUCCACGGUGGAGCACAGGCCUCGCCCACGGGCGGCCCUGUUCAGUCCACAGCAUCUCCGGUCGCAGAUGGGCUUCUGGUCGAGGAGCCAGGCUGGGCACGCACCUUCUUGGCUGACGGCCCUGGAGAGUCCAUGGCUCCAUGGCUUCCUGGAUGGAGCAAGUGGUGAUCUUCAUUGGGGUGCUCUCCUUGCAGCAUCUCCUCCAUCCUAGACAGGUGGACAGCAAAGAAAAACCCCACUGGCUGUGUGGGGCAAGAGUCCAGUAGGAGUUCCAGGGUGUGUUCAUGAGGCCUAGAAGAGAUGUUGGCAAGGGUUUACUAAGGAGCACCAAAAUAGAUCUGUUUCUGCGAUGGGUAAGGGUAUGCCGUGGUACAGAGGACCAAACUUAUCACAUGGCCUGCGCCAGAACUAUCUGACACUGAAAAAAGUCCAAGGAAGGGGUAACAGGAUCCAAAAUAAAGGAUGCAAGUUCAUACUCGUAGACAGAACAGUGCAUUGCAUAAACUCACCCAACAGCAAAGCUUUAUUCUGAGCUCCGUUCUUUGCAGAAUUCUGGCUUGUAUGGGUGCCCUCCAGAUAUAGCAACAUGGAAACAAAGCACAUCAGAGGGGGUCUCCCAGGCCAUCUAGUCUGACCCCCAGGUGUAGCAAGCUGUCUGAUGGGAGCUGAAGUCCCAGAGGGCUGGAAGGCACUAGGGAUGGGAAAGAUACAAUAGGACACCCUGAUUUCGCUCGUGUUUUGAGGAAACACAUAGGCAAGAAGGCCGGUCUUUCUGGAAUGGCAUCAGAGUUUCCUGAGCUUUUAAGAUGCUCUCGACAGAAGCCUCCACUUUCUACUUCUAACUUAGUCCGGCGUGACAGAAUCCCCACAUGCUUCCAUGCUGAAUAAAGGAAAAAACACACACUGGCACAACUUGGUAAGGUUUCCAGUUUGAACCAGCCUCUAACUGGGUUCACACAUUUGAAAACUAUAUUGGGUUAAAAUUCGUGCCGGAUUGGAGCAGUGCUUUCCAGUGCCACCGUCUUGUACCAGCCUAGUGUCCCCUCCAGUUAGCUGA